CCGAACAUUCCUAAAAGUAGAGAAACCUACCUUCUGAGACGGUAGAUUAAAGGUUUAGGUAGUUGAAUUCUGUUUCUGGGUCCGAAGAUAACUAUCGGGAUUAUCCAGAGUUGGUUUGAUAUAAAAGCAAGAUGCGCAGAAUGUCUUCUCGCCUGUCAUGUGGUCGUGAUUUUCACUGUGUUCCUGAUAUAAAUUCAGCCUUGGACACCGCAUGCAAAUCUGGAUUUGACUUCAUUUGUCUUCCAAUUGUAAACCCACGUUUUAGAAGAGAGUUUAUUGUGGGUCCUGCUAAAAAACGUAGUGGGGCCUUAACUAGAUCUGACAUGUCUCUGUCUAGUCAAGAUUGGACAUCACUUGUAGUAGGAAAGAUCUCCCCAUGGCUUCAAGUGGAUUCAGAGCAUGAAUUAAUUCGAAAAAAUUCUGAAGCCGCAUUUAAACAGGAGUUGAUGUUUGCAGCACAUCUGAGUAUGCCAUCGGUGUUGCUCACGCUUAAAAAUUCCAAUAUUGUCAACAUGGCCAGAUGUUUAAACGAUCAUCUUAUAUCAUCUUAUUUUCAACAGCAUUUUUGGAUCCAUGUGCCAAUGACCAGUGGAAAGGAUCAGUUGGAUAAAGUUCUUGACAUUGAUGUCGAAGUAAUUAAUGAAGAUGGUGGUGAGCCAGAGAGUACAUGGGAAUGGUGGAACACAUUUCGUACUUUAUGUGAUUCCAACAAGAGGUUAGGUAUCGCUUUAGAAUUGACAGCUGAUUUACCAUCAGAGAUUGUCUUAGAUAGGUGGUUGUCAGAACCAGUGAAAGUGGUACUGAUCUCAACAAGCGUUUUUAUCACCAAUAAGAAAGGUUACCCAGUACUCCCUAAACAACAUCAGAUGUAUUUACGCCAGUUAUUCAAGCUAGAUAUUCAACUGAUACUAACAGGCAGUGAUCGACAUGCGGAUAAAGGAUUAAGAUCUUACCAACAAUACUUAGAUCAUCUGUGGCAGACGCAACCACAGCCAGAUCAAGUAGGUCAGUUCGCAAAAGGCUAUGAAGAUUACCUACAAUCACCACUACAACCUCUGAUGGAUAACUUAGAGUCUCAAACAUAUGAAAUAUUUGAACGAGAUCCAGUGAAAUACUCUCAAUAUCAGAAGGCAGUGUACUAUGCAAUAUUGGACAAGGUUCCCGAAGCCGAGAAAAACACCAAAAAAUUGGUGUUAAUGGUAGUUGGUGCUGGGAGAGGGCCACUUGUUAGAGCAGCACUAGCAGCAGCUCAGGAGGCUGACAGAGAAAUUACAAAGCUUUACGCUGUUGAGAAAAACCCAAACGCUAUAGUCACGUUAGAGAAUCUGAAAGAUGAAAUGUGGGGAGAUAUGGUCGAAGUUGUAUCCAUUGAUAUGAGGCAUUGGGAAGCACCGGAAAAGGCAGAUAUUUUGAUAAGUGAGCUAUUAGGGUCCUUUGGAGAUAAUGAACUGUCACCAGAGUGUUUAGAUGGUGCUCAAAGGUUUCUAAAAGACGAUGGUAUAAGUAUUCCUUGUAAAUACACUUCCUAUCUUGCACCAUUACAAUCAUCUAAGCUCCACAAUGAAGUCAGAAUGGCCAAAGAAAAAGAAAAAAUAUCAGACAGUUCUUUUGAGAUGCCAUAUGUUGUCAGAUUACAUAAUUGUCAUAUUUUGUCACAACCCAAACCUGUUUUUACCUUUGUUCAUCCAAAUCGAGAUGAAGUUAUAGACAAUAAUCGUUAUCUGAGUUUGGAGUUUGAUAUUGAUAUGGGUUGUGUUUUACAUGGUUUUGCUGGAUAUUUCGACACUAUCCUCUACAAAAAUGUUACCCUAAGCAUAUUACCAUCUACUCAUUCACCAGGUAUGUUCAGCUGGUUCCCAAUACUGUUUCCUAUAAAGACACCGAUGUACAUCAAGGAAGGCAAUAAAUUGGUUAUGGAUAUUUGGAGAAGAUGUACAGACAAGAACGUUUGGUAUGAAUGGGGAGUUAGAAGCCCAUUCCCUAUUCCUAUCCAUAAUCCUAAAGGAAGAUCUUAUACCAUUGGACUUUGAGAACAUAUACAUAGGCUAACACUAGUGCUUGAAGAUUUCUUAAUGAUGUUUAAACUGUUGAAGAAUAAAAUUAUAUUUUGGUAGAAAAAAUAGCCAGAAAGUGCUUAAAGCAACAUAUAACCACACCUACACAAUUUGUACUCAAUUAUAAUCAUUUUUGUUUUGAAAUAUAAUUACAGAAAAAUAAUUUGUAACAGAAUUUAAGAAAUAAUGACAAAAUGUAACAAUAUACAUGUAUGCCUUUUGAUGUUGAUCAUUUUAUUAUAAAUGCAUUUUGUGGUUAAAUAUCUUGCUAGCAAA